AUGUGGCAGGAGGAGCUUGAGGCUGACCCCGUUCCUUCGCAAAGUCUCCCCCACGAUGGACAACUCGGCGACCAUCCCCCUUUUGUCGGUGCCAUCUUGAAUUGGUCCCUGCUAGGCUCAUUAGCAGUGCAAAUAUAUGUCUACAUCCAACAUUCUAUGCAGGAUCCAUGGAUGAUCAAGGGGACCGUGUUUCUCGUCUUGAUCAUGGAUCUUACACAAACUGGUGUUUCGACUGAUUACGCUUGGAAGACGUUGGUAUCGCACUGGGGCGACCCGUCAAUAUUAGCGGUCCCACCUCCGUCGUCCGUCUCAGUCACCAUCAUGGCAAGCAUCAUCUCUAUGGUCGUCCAGAUAUUCUUUGCGUGGCGAAUCUGGAUGCUCAACCGCCAGUCGAAGUUAUUCAUGGUAUUCCCUAUCGCUAUCUUCCUUGUUGCGAUCAUGCAGUGCAGCAGCGCCUUGGUUGCCGCCGUCAGGUUCACCUUUGUUAAGGAACUCUCUCAAUUGAGCGAGUUGACCCCAGGAUUCACGGUCUGGCUGGUGGGAAGUUUCGUCGCAGAUAUCCUUAUUGCAGGCUGCAUGUUAUAUACGCUGCACAGGGCCCGCAAACGCUCAUUUUCCGGCAGGAGCGAGACCGUCUUGACCCGCCUUGUUCGCAACACCAUCGAGACCGGUGCAGUCACCGCCGUUGCUGCUGGGGUUGAGCUCGUCCUUUUCCUUGUCAUCCCAGAAACAAACUACCACGUCACUCCUGCUUUCUUGCUUGGGAAGCUUUACUCGAACGUUUUGAUGGCAAAUCUCAAUGCACGGGGCCACAGUAAGGCAGCAGGCAUGGACGUCAGCCUGGGCAGCGGGAGCUCGCAUAAUCGCUACGAAACCUCUGUUAAGUUAGCCCGCAUGGGACCUGGGGCUACCGACGGCACCGAUCCUUCUCGCUCGGUUCACAGAUCGCCAAUGCCAGUGCCAGUGCAUAUCUCCGCAGAGGUCACCAAGUCCAUCCAUUACUCGGACGACGAGAGCAACGCCGAGAUGCAAAGAAAUCACAAGUCAACUCUCGAUUUCUGA